AAAUGCGUCCAUAAACGUCACUCGUUGGGAAGCUAUCAUGGCAGCGACUAAAGCCUCCAAAGAACAGAAAUACGACAGACAGCUCAGACUGUGGGGAGACCACGGCCAAGAAGCACUGGAGAAUGCGCAUAUUUGUCUCAUCAACGCCACAGCAACUGGAACAGAGAUACUGAAGAACCUCGUACUACCAGGUAUUGGAGCAUUCACCAUAGUUGAUGGACACACAGUCACUGGGGAAGAUGUUGGAAACAACUUUUUCCUUAGCAACAGCAGCAUUGGAAAGAACAGAGCACAGGCAGCCACUGAACUGUUGCAAGAACUCAACAGUGAUGUCUCUGGAAACUUUGUUGAGGAGAGUCCAGACAAACUCCUGGACAACGAUCCAGAGUUUUUCCAUAGAUUUACCAUAGUCAUUGGUGUCCAGUUGCCAGAAAGCACGUGUUUGAGGCUUGGCUCAGUUCUGUGGAGUGCACCUGUACCUUUCCUAGUCUGUAAAACCUACGGCCUGAUUGGUUACAUGAGACUAGUGGUGCAGGAGCAUACAGUGAUUGAAUCUCAUCCAGACAAUGCCUUGGAGGACCUGAGAUUAGACCAACCAUUUGCUGAAUUUCAGAACCACAUUAAGUCCUAUGACCUGGACAGCAUGGACAAGAAGGAUCACAGUCACACACCGUGGGUUAUCAUUGUUGCUAAAUACCUGGAGAAAUGGCUUAGUGAGCACAACUGUCUGCCACCGAAAAAUUACAAGGAGAAAGAGGCCUUCAGACAGUUUAUUCGGGAAGGGAUCUUGAAGAAUGAGAAUGGUGUCCCAGAGGAUGAGGAAAACUUUGAGGAAGCUAUUAAGAAUGUCAAUACUGCUUUAAAUCCAACCAAGAUUCCUAGUACUGUUGAAGAUCUCUUCAAUAGUGAGCAGUGUAACAACAUCACAUCACAGACUUCGUCCUUCUGGGUGAUGCUGCGAGCUGUCAAGGAAUUUGUUCACAACGAAGGAACUGGAAGUCUACCUGUACGGGGAACCAUCCCAGACAUGAUCGCAGAUUCUCAGAAGUUCAUCAACCUUCAGAAUGUUUACAGGGAAAAGGCCUUGCAGGAUACAGCAGCUGUUUCUAAGCACAUAGAAUGUCUACUACAGUCUGUUGGAAAGCCACCAGAAAGCAUUGCGGAAAAGGACAUCAAACUGUUCUGUAAGAAUGCAUCCUUUUUGCGAGUGGUGCGCUGCAGAUCUCUGGCUGAAGAGUAUAGUGUGGAUUCAGUAAACAAAGAUGAAAUCACCUCAUAUAUGGACAAUCCAGAUAGCGAGAUGGUCUUCUACCUCAUGCUUCGCGCUAUCGAUCGCUUCUAUCAACAGCACUCCCGCUACCCAGGUGUUUAUAACUACCAGGUGGAAGAGGACAUCAGCAAACUGAAGCUCUGUGUGAACAGCCUACUGCAGGAAUACAGCCUCAACGUCAACAUCAAAGACGACUAUAUCCAUGAGUUCUGUCGAUACGGAGCGGCAGAGCCACACACGGUUUCUGCAUUUUUAGGAGGUUCAGCUGCUCAAGAGGCCAUCAAGAUCAUCAGCCACCAGUUUGUGCCCUUUAACAAUACUUUCAUUUACAACGCAAUGUCACAGACGUCCGCCACGUUGCAGUUGUGAAUACAGUCACUGAUCCAGAGUUUGCUUCCACAAAUAUUAGAGAAAAUGGUGCAAGGAUGGACUCGCUUUUAAUAAUCCCAACUGUAAACUGCACAUCAAGUUUUGAAAGAUGCAUUUUUUUCACCGAAAAGGUUCUAAAGCUGUAUGAGUCUGUACUUGUAAGUCCUUCUCAUGGAAAGAAAGAAGCCAGGACUUUUUACUUUAAGUUUUUUUGUUGAUGAUAAAGCCUCACCUUCUUCUCAAAAAUUCUUGAAGGGGAAGAAAUCAAGAAAGCACUCAUGGAGAAUUUCUUUGUUUUUGUUUGGUUUUUGUUUUUGUUUGCAUUUUUUAAAAAUGUUCCACAGACAUCAUUAAACAAAGCUGGAAAUGAAACUAGCAAAUUCAAAACUCUCAUGUAGUAUUUUCAUCUGUGAAAGUCAGCAUUUAUAGAUGAUUUAUUGCAGCGUAGCAGCACUUUGUAUACUUUAGUCACAACUGUCUUUUACUGUGUUGUUUGGAACAAACUGUAUCGAAACAUAUAGAGCUCAUGUGUCGCUAUAAAACAUUCAGCAUUUCACCUAAAUUUGUUCAUGUCAAAGGUGAAAAUAACCCACUCAGCACUUGUGUUUUUCAGUGUGCAGAAAUGAAGUGUCUUCAGCUCAGCCACCAACUGUGGGCUUGCAUGGUUUCACCUCACUUGAGUUACAGUGUAGGAAACACCUUCAGUUAAGCCACUAUGACCUAUUGGUUUGUUAAGUACUUGUAACAAGGUUUACACAGUUAUUUAUCCUGAAUAAAUGUUUGAUGACAAGCAUGUGA